ACCAUGGCCCCAAAGCGGCAAUCUACAAUCCUGACUCAGCCCAAGAAACCCAGACACACUGCUGCCCCAAAGCUGGAGAACAAGUCAGCCUCUCCCAGCCUGCCACCAAAGAGAGAAAAAGAACAGCCAGAAGCAAUUGACCACAUUGAUGAAGUACAGAAUGAAACAGACAGACUUCGUGAACAAGCCAGUGAGGACAUUUUGAAAGUAGAGUAAAAAUAUAACAAAUUCCUCCAACCAUUUUUUCAGAAGAGGUCAGAAUUGAUCGCUAAAUGGCAAACCACAACAACUAAAAUCCCAAAUUUUGGGGCAACAACAUUUGUCAACCAUUCACAAGUGUCUGCACUGCCUCUGGAGGAAGACGAGGAGGUCCUGCAUUAUUUGAUCAGAGUUGAAGUGACAGAAUUUGAAACCAUUAAAUCAGGUUACAGAAUAGAUUUUUAUUUUGAUGAAAAUCCUCACUUUGAAAAUAAAGUUCUCUCCAAAGAAUUACAUCUGAAUGAGAGCGGUGACCUGUCUUCAAAGUCCACUGAAAUCAAAUGGAAAUCUGGAAAGGAUUUGACAAAACACUCAAGUCAAACACAGAAUAAGGCCCGCAGGAAGAGGCAGCAUGAAGAGCCAGAGCGCUUCUUUCCCUGGUUUACUGACCGUUCUGACGCAGGUGCUGACGAGUUAGGAGAGGCCAUCAAAGAUGGUAUUUGGCCAAAUCCCUUGCAGUUCUAUUUGGUUCCUGAUAUGGACAAUGAAGAAGGAGAGGCAGAGGAUGAAGAAGAAGAAGAAGAAGAAGAAGAAGAAGAAGAAGAAGAGGAGGAGGAGGGGGAGGGGGAGGAGGAGGAGGAAGGGUUGGAAGAUAUUGAUGAAGGAGAUGAGGAUGAAGGUGGAGAUGGCAAUGAGGGUGAAGGAGAGGAUGGAAAGGAAGACGAAGGCGAGGAUGACUAG